UCCCCACAUGGAAGUCUUAUCUGACUUUUAUCUCUGUCUUAAAUUGCUAGCAUGUAACGUAGCACUUGACUACAGGAGAAGAAUACUGUAUGAACUGCCGUUCAAACAGGCAGUCCUGCCGCUGUUCAUUCUUUUAGCUGCCAUUUUGUUUGCUCUUUAUAUGCUUUUGUUUUAACUCAAUACUUUAAUUUUUUAUAUUUAGCAGCAAAUGAUUGCCAAGAGCUAAGAAAAGGUAUAACAACUUACAAGGUAGAUUGUAUUAGUGCUAUUGAGAAAACAUUUGGGAAAUGUACAGUUAACUCUGUAAGGUAUGUUAUUUAAUUUCCAUCGUAUCUCUACUCAGCCUGACACGCCGUGCCCUUAACAUAAAUGAACCUGUAUUCCUCUGAAAAUUCAAGAAGGCAGGAGAUCUAGUGACCACAGCUCUCCAUUUUAGACUUCAUGAUGUGCUACACAGCACUUGUUUUUGCUUUAUAUUGCAAAUUGCAAUAAAUUCUUAUGUUGUUAUAGGUAUUCCUUGGUAAACAGGUUUAAUUAGUUCAGUGCAGCUGCAGUAGUUUGUAGCUCUCUUACUGCAUUGCUUGUUUCCCUUGGAGCCACUUUAAUACUCGGACAGUGAUUAAUGUUAGCUGUAGUGUUGACCAUGGCUUCGAGUACAGAUGUGUCUGUCAGCGUGCUGCUUGUUUGUACGCUCGCUGCUCAGGGCAGCAGUGAGCUGUGGCCCUUGUGUGUCUGUCUACCAUUGGGUCCCUCCUCCUCUCUGUCGUCUCUUCAGUCUGUAGCGAUCUGCUGUUGCCUUGCCCUCUCUCAGCUGGUGUUGCGACCACACAGCCAGGCUCUCCGCUUGUUGUUUGGUACUUUAAGUGAACUUUAUCUCCAGUGUGGUGCGUCGCGCAUCACUGCUCGUGAGGGUUUUUUGGAAAACCUGCUGCAGCAAAAUGGACUGAAGCAACAACUCAACAAAGUGUGGAUACUUCGGAAGAGUAUUUCUGUAAAGAGCAGCCUUUCUGAGGGUUGAAUUACCAACCAUGGAAGAGGACGACGGGCAUCCGGAGAACGGUAUCCACGCCGCCAAGGACUCGGACCGACAGCAGCGACUCAGGCUUUGUGUUUUGAAUGAGAUACUGAACACCGAGAGGGAUUAUGUUCGGACCCUGCUUUUUCUUCAAUCGGCAUUUCUGCAACGAAUCAGACAAACCGCAGAUGACCAACAGUGUCUCUCACCAGAACAUGUCAAGAUUCUGUUUUCAAAUAUUGAGGACAUCCUGGAGUUGCACAAAGAGGUGUUGUCUGCAGUGGAGAACAGUCUGCAGCCCGAACCUCACCCCCAGCAUGCUCUGGGACACGUGUUCCUCCAGCUUAGGGAGAGUUUUUCAGUGUAUGGCGAGUACUGCAGUAACCAUGAGAAGGCCUUGCGACUUCUCAUGGAGCUAAACAAGAUCCCCAACAUCAGAACCUACCUGCUGCACUGUAUGCUGCUCGGAGGGAAGAAAAGCACAGAUGUUCCCCUCGAGGGCUACCUUCUCACCCCCAUUCAAAGGAUCUGCAAGUACCCUCUACUGUUGAAGGAACUGCUUAAGCGGACCCCAAAGAAGCACGCUGACUAUCCAGCAGUGGAAGAGGCUCUGCAGGCCAUGAAGGCUGUUUGCUCCAACAUCAAUGAGACCAAGAGGCAAAUGGAGAAACUGGAGGCUCUGGAACAGUUGCAGUCCCACAUUGAGGGCUGGGAGGGAACCAACCUGACAGAUAUUUGCACAGAGUUGCUGCUUCAUGGAAAUCUCCUUAAAAUCUCAGCAGGCAAUAUCCAGGAACGUGUGUUCUUCUUGUUUGAUAACCUCUUGGUUUACUGCAAGAGGAAAUCCAGAGUUUCUGGAAAGAAGUCCACCAAGAGGACCAAGUCUAUCAACGGGCCCCUCUAUGUGUUCAGAGGCCGAAUCAACACUGAGGUGAUGGAGGUGGAAAAUGUGGAAGAUGGAACAGCGGACUAUCACAGCAACAACUACACAGUGACCAAUGGCUGGAAGAUCCACAACACAGCAAAAAACAAGUGGUUUGUCUGCAUGGCCAAAAACGCAGAGGACAAGCAGAAGUGGCUGGACGCCAUCUUGAGGGAACGGGAGCAGAGAGAGAGUCUCAAACUUGGAAUGGAGCGGGAUGCCUAUGUGAUGAUCGCAGAGAAGGGGGAGAAGUUGUAUCACAUGAUGAUGACCAAGAAUCGGCACCUGAUUAAGGACAGACGCAGGAAGCUCAGCAUUGUUCCCAAGUGUUUCAUGGGAAAUGAAUUUGUGUCAUGGCUGAUAGAGAGUGGAGAGAUCAGUAAACCUGAUGAAGGGGUCAACCUGGGACAAGCCUUGCUGGAAAAUGGCAUCAUUCACCAUGUGUCAGACAAGCACCAGUUCAAGAACGAGCAGGUUUUGUACAGGUUCCGCUACGACGAUGGCACCUACAAGGCCCGCAGUGAGAUGGAGGACAUCAUGUCGAAGGGCGUCAGGCUGUACUGCCGCCUUCACAGCCUCCACACGCCUGUCAUCAAGGACAGAGAUCACCAUCUGAAAACCUUUAAAUCUGUGGUGCCUGCCAGCAAACUGAUUGACUGGCUCCUCUUUCAGGGAGACUACUCGACCCGGGAGGACGCUGUGAUGCUGGGUGUGGGGCUCUGCAACAAUGGCUUCAUGCACCAUGUGUUGGAGAAGAGCGAGUUCAAAGACGAGUCGCAGUUCUUCCGUUUCUAUGCAGACGAGGAAAUGGAGGGAACUGGCACCAAGAGCAAGCAGCUCCAGCGCAAUGACUUCAAACUCAUCGAAAACAUCUUGGUCAAGUCCCUGGUGAUUCACCCAGAGGAAGAAGACUAUGGCUUUGAGAUUGAGGAGAAAAACAAGGCCAUUGUGGUGAAAUCUGUCACCAGGGGCUCACAUGCUGAGAUGGUCGGCCUGCAGGUGGGCAGGAAGAUCUACACCAUCAACGAGGACCUGCUGUUCCUCAGGCCCUUCUCUGAGGUGGAGACCAUGAUCAGCCAGGCCUUCUGCAUACGACGCUCCCUGCGACUGCUGGUUGCCACCAAGGCCAAGGAGAUUGUGAAGAUCCCUGACAAUCCAGACAGCCUCUCCUUCAGACUCUGUGGCUCUGCCCCUCCUCAUGUCCACGCUGUCAGGAAAGGCUGGGAGGCGGCGGGGGCGGGCCUUCAGCCCGGUCAGGUCAUCCUGAAGGUCAACGGCAACAACGUCAACCGCAGUGACUACCAAGAGGUCCUGGAGCACUUCACCGGACAGCACACACACCAGGAGCCUCUGCAAACGUGUCAGUGGGUGUAUCGUACAUUUGAGGAUGCAGAAGAACUAGAAGGAGACAGAGGUGCAGAUGAGAAGAGCCCUUUCAAACCUUAUCCGGUGGAGAAUGGCUCUGACCACGAGGAGGAGAACGGCACCAAUGGAACAGAUCACCAGCUGGGCAGACUUUCCCUGUGUGAUGAGCUGCCUCUGGUCAGUAUGACGGUAGAUAACGUUCACCUGGAGCACGGCGUAGUCUACGAAUACGUCAGCACUGCCGGUAUCAAAAGCCACGUCCUGGAGAAGAUGGUGGAGCCCAAAGGCUGCUUCAGCCUCACUGCUAAGAUCCUGGAGGCAUUUUCAGGUGAUGACAGCCUCUUUGUUCGUAACUGCAGCCAGCUCAUCUCCCAGAGCGACCGAGUGGUUACCAUGCCUCAGUACGAGUUCAGACAAAUCUGCGACACCAAGCUGGAGAGUAUCCGACGGCGGAUCAGCAGCUAUCAGCAGUUUGCGCUGGAGCUGAGGAACAAGGCAUGGCCUUCUUUCAGGCAGGCUGGCGUUCGUCCUCACCCACUGGGCUGCAUGGACUUUGUUCCCACCAACUGCCACAUUAACUUCAUGCAGGUCUCCUACCCCAAGAGCACUACUUCUGCUGGCAGGACUUUCAGCAUUCGCUUUGGGCGCAAAAACUCCCUGUUUGGCAUGGAUCCUGACCAAGCACAACUGAACCCCAUGUCCCACACCCAGCACUGUGUGACCAGCAUGGGAGCUCCUUCCUGGAACUGCUCCGGCCUCGAAGGGGACGAGGCAGACGGCAGCGGGGAGGUGUCCCAGGAUGGAGGCGAGGGGUUGACGGACAGUCGGCGGGGUUGCCUUGGGGAAGGCGGUUUGAGCUUCCUGCUCAAACAGGAAGACACAGAAACCCAGGAUGCUUACAUUCACUUGUACAGCCGCCUGGAUGUAGCUGUAAGGGAGAUGAGGCAGUAUGUCGCUCAGAUAGAUGUGCUCUUGUCCUCUAUCACUGAACCCACGCAACUCCAAGGGGAAGGUGGGGAGCCUCUCGUUUAUGAGUCAAGUCAGCCACCAUCCCUGACCCCCUGCGAGGAUGGCUGCGACCAGGACAAAGUGGAGCAAGGAGGCAUUAAAAGGGUGUGCUUCAAGGUGAACGAGGAGGACCAGGAGGACUCGGGUCACGACACCAUGAGCUACAGGGACUCGUACAGUGAAUGCAACAGCAACAGGGAUUCUGUCCUGUCCUACACCAGUGUCCGAAGUAACAGCUCUUACCUGGGGAGUGACGAGAUGGGAUCAGGCGAUGAGCUGCCAUGCGACAUGCGGAUUCCCUCGGACAAGCAGGACAAGCUGCAUGGCUGCCUCGAGCACCUUUUCAACCAGGUCGACUCCAUCAACAGCCUACUCAAAGGACCUGUCAUGGCCAAGGCCUGCGAGGAGACCAAGCACUUUUACUCUGACCACAGCCAGCCAGAGUUCCGCCAAACAGACGAUUGGACUCUUCGUUGCCGUUGCAUUAUUCACAAGAAUAUCCAGGAGGACCCUUGGAACCUGCCCAACUCAAUCAAAACCCUUGUGGAGAGCCUGCAGAGAUUUGUGGAUGAUGGAAAGAACCAGCUUCUCCUGGCUCUGCUUAAGUGCACAGACACAUCUCUGCAGCUGCGACGGGAUGUUAUCUUCUGCCAGGCUGCCACAGGUGCUCUGUGCACGCUGGCGGAGCAGCUGUUGGCGGCACUGAGGUCGCGAUUCAACAACGCCGGCGAGUACCAGGAAGACGGCAAGGAGACGAGUCGCAAGUGGUUGGAGCAAAUAUCUGUUAUUGGCGUGCUGCUGCACUUCCAGUCCACACUAGCACCACACCUGAAAGAGGAGCAGACCAUGCUGGAAGACACCAAGGCGGCCCUGCUGGACUUGGACAAAGUCACUGUGUUCUUCAGGCAACUGGAGGAUGAGUGUCUCGUCGCAAACACACCAGUAUCUUACCAGGUGGAGGGCAGUCGGCAGGCCCUGAGGGUUACCCUGUACCUGGACAGUUGUCACUUCAGCGAGCUGCCCAGUCGGCUGCAAAAUGGCGGCAGCCUCAAGCUCCACACUGUCCUCUUCACCAGGGCACUGGAUCGUCCAGAGGGAGUGUCCCAGCAGGACUGCGCAGCCAUGGAGGAGUUCCAACAGCGCACCAACGCUGUCUCACUAGAGAAGGUCAAAGCUUACUACCGCAGACUCAGGGCUUUCUAUUUGGAGAAGUCCAAUCUCCCUACAGACUCAAACACCACAGCAAUGAAGAUAGACCAGCUGCUGCGACCCCUCAACACACUGGAUGACCUCUGUCGACUAAUGCAGUCCUACAUCAAUGCGCGCCCGGCUGCCCAAGGCCACCCGUCAGGUGUCAGCGUGCUGUGUGUGUCCUCUGAGCUGUGUAACCGCCUGGGAGCCUGCCACAUCACCAUGUGUGGUACAGGCAUGCAGAGAUGUACCCUAAAUGUGACACUGGAGCAGGCAAUGAUCUUAGCCAGGAACCACGGUCUCAUGCCACGCUGCAUCAUGCAGACCAUGGAUAUAAUGCGCAAACAGGGGGCAAGAGUUGAGCUCUCUGCUAAGAACCUCAAGGUAAUGGACCAGAUGCCUCCAUCGUUUCCAAGGCUCUUCAAGCUGUGUUUGCCACCAUCAGAUGGAGAACUCUAAGGAAACUGUCACUUCAGAGAACUCAUCAGAGAAAGAGUGAAUGUGGAAGAGGAAGAUAUGAGUGCGAGUCUCACUGCUUUCUUUCCAAGAGACACUGCCAAUGGAAAGACCCCCCCCAUACACAUUCUGUCCCAGUCACACAUGGGCACCACAAGAGUCUUUAACUGCAACAUACAAGCUAAAGCAGACUGUCCAAAUGACCUACAGUGAGACUGAUACAGCCUGACACUCAAGACUAGUCUUGUACUGUUAAACUCGUAGUAUUAUUGCUUUGGCUGUCUGUUUCCACAAAGCUGAUAUGAAUGACUUGGCAACUGGUGAAAAAUACUCACAGCAUAAGUCAAAGGGAGAUGCCAGUUUGAGGCCUCAUAGUGAAAACAUCUGCAGUGAUUUUGCUCACAACUGAGCUUUUAUUAUUAACUGGAUUAACCAAACUACCUGUAGCUGACUGUCCUUCUAAAUGCAGAUCUUAAUCCAUUUUGCCUUGGACUGCACUCCAGAGAGCUGUCUCUUUCUCUGUUUGGACUGGUCUUCCUCGGUGCUUCAUGUUUGAACCCCACGUGAUGUUAAAUUCUUGCAAAUACCCUGGUAUUCAUGUAUGUUAGCUGGAUCAAUAGAUGCAGAACGUCAAAGAAUAGACAGAAAGAUGGAAGAAAUCAGUUGAUUUGAGUGGGUGGGAGUGGCGGGUGAGGGGUGGGUGGUUUGCUCUUUCUUCAGCCCGCUUGUAUGUGGUUAUUGUGCAAUUACUGUAGGUUUAGUGUGAGUACUGUAUUACUGCACUAUAUGAAGGAUAGUUAUUUAUUGUGUCCGGAAGGAGCAUUUUUAUCCGUCACUUAUACUAUAUCAGGUAUUAAAAGAAUCUAAAAGCAUUCCAGCCUGCGUAUUGAACAGUAUUUAAAGGACCAAUGGCAUGCCAUUUUUUUUAGACAUAACUGCUUGUGUAUUUUAUUUAUAUGUACGGACUUUUAUCACGUCAGGAAGUGUUCCAUUGAUCUUCAGGGAGAGCAACAGAGGGGAAGAUGAACAGCAGCUAGCUAAUCAGAAUCAGGAAAACAGAAGCUAAAGCAAACUAUAUGAGGCUGUUUGUCAGUAAGCAGCCAAGUCAACAGGUAGGGAUACUGAAUCAUUGUUAAAUUAUUAAUAUAUUAAUUCAAGUGUACUAGUUGAACAAUUGCCUUCUGUUAACUAAGACAUUUUGAUUUUAAAUUGGUUUUUACAUUGUUUUGGGUCUAUUGUGUUUACUGUAAGUAUUAAAACAAGCACAACAAUUGGUCCAUUCAAGUUGCAGUGUUAGCAAAAAGUACUGUAAGCGGUUUGUGGAUGAUGUACACAAAGGGAUUGUUUCACGUUGUUUCUAUAACAUUAUUUUACUGAAGAUUUUAAUUUCCUGUACAUACAAACUGUAACAAAGUCGGUGAAAAAGAUAGGAUGUGUCUCACAGCAGCAGAGCCAUGCUAUAAGUUAAAUUUGAUUAUUUUUAUGGAGAUAAUAUAGUAUAUGAAUCAUUUUCUAUUCCUGACCGGGCAUUUGAAGAGAAGCUGUUUCUCUUUGCUGAGCGUAACCUCACUGACAACUUGUUAUUGACUGUUCGACGUGCAUUUCAAGAAUAUUGACAUGCUGCAUUCAUUAGGCGGAUCACUUAGUCCUUUUUAUUUAUUUAAAAGCAGUCUGAAUCCUGAGUGUCUGUACAUCCCUUGGCACUAGCACGACCAUAAUUUUGCAUCCCUCUGUUAAGAGUAUGAGGCUCAGUGGAUUAUUUGCGUUAUUGUAAUUUCCCAUAUCAAACUUUAUCUUAAUCUGAGCAGUACACAUCACAUAAACUCUGAAAGCAAGAGUAGUUUCCAUAACGUGGUUUUAAGUGCGGGUCAACCAGUUUUAAUUAUCUAAUGACUGCAGCAUGUCGGUGUAGCUGGACAAACAAACAUGUCACUGAUUACACAUUUAUUUACAUUAUUCUAAUGUUUUUGUACAUACUUUAUUUGCAAUUUUGUGUUGCUUGAAAAUAACUGUACAAAGGACCUUUGUUGAAUCUUUCUAAAAUUAUAAUUGUAAAUGCAAUCUUAACAGGAUAGUAAAUAAAAUGUUCACAGUA